AUGGCUUUCCUCAGGCCGUUUUGUUCUUGUAUGCUCUUCCUCUUGCUAUCAGUAACACAGGUUGAAACCCAGAAUGCAGAAUGUUCGGUAGGCAACACCUUUGUGGAGAUAAUGGAGAAUAAUAAUCCAGGAUUGGUGGUGACUAACAUUCUUGUUGAUCCUGGCAUUAUAGUCACAAUUAAACCUUCCACAGAAGCAAGUUCUCCCUCUGAAUGGUUUGAAAUAAAGGACUCACAACUCAUCCUGAAUAAAUCUGUGGAUUAUGAGACUGAAACGUUACUUCAGGUGGAACUGAUAUGCUGGAAAGCAGAUUUGCAAGUAAAAAGUAUCAAUGUUUUAAUUUCAAUUCAAAAUGAAAAUGAUAAUGAACCGGUGUUCAAGCAAACUAACAUCACCGUUGAUGUUCCUGAGGAUACAAAAGUGAACACAACUGUCGUACCUCUGGCAAGCGUAACUGCUACUGAUGCUGAUCUUAAUACAGUGUACUACAGCCUUGAAGGAAGUCCAUCAGAAGCAAUGAACUAUUUCAAUAUACAAGGAAUUAACAACCCACAAAUUUACUUGCGUAGAGCCCUGGAUUAUGAAGCAAUUAAUUUUAUGAGAUUUACUUUAAGGGCCAUGGAUGGAAGUGCUGAUGUGGCAGGGACACACACAGCCACAGCCACAAUAGCCAUACGGAUUGUACAAUCUGAUCUCAAACCUCCCUGGUUUCAGCCAUGUACUGCCUUUGGAGGCCGCAUAGUGUGUAUCAGUCUUGGCUACACCAGCAAAGUCAAUCUUUCAGAAAAAGUGAGUGGGCCACUGAUCUUGGAGCCAGGACCCCUCUACGCUAUUGAUGGGGAUAAAAGUUUGAAUGAGAAAGUAAUAUAUGAAAUUGCUGCUGGAAAUGAUAAUGACACAUUCAAAAUAAACAGAAAUUCUGGAAACAUAACCAUGACCCAGCCUGCAAACACAUUGAAGACAUUCAUGUUGUAUAUUGUGGCUUCCCAAGAAAACAACGCAUUCAGAUACUCUCAGACCACGGUGAAAAUUGAUGUUGUACGGAAAAAUGAUAAUCGACCCUACUUUGAGGAAGUUAUGUAUCUGGGAAGAGUGUCUGAGGCCCAGCCUGCAAAGUCAUUGAUCAUGAAAGCCAACACUUCGUCAGAACCCCUGCAGAUCUUUGCAGCAGAUGAUGACUUCUUGCCAGAUAAAAUAAAUCCAGAUAUCAAAUACAGAAUACAAAACAGUUCAGAUUUCAGAGUUACUGCAGAAGGAUUUAUCCAAACCACUAAGAUUCUGAAUGUAUCAUCUCAUAUUAGCCUUCUGGCCAUUGCUACCGACAUCAGUACUCUGGAAGAAGCAAGCACCCUGGUCUCAAUAGAUGUCACACCUUUGGCAACUCCAACGCCAACAGUUCCACUUGUAACUGCCACUGCCUUCACUGAAACCUCUCCUACCAGCCUAGGGAAAGGGAGCACUAGUCAAAAGCCAUCCACUUUGCCACCUGGAAUAAGUAGUCCUAAACCUUCUGGAACCACAAAGUCCUUGUCACCUCUUUCAAGUACAACUGGGAAGGAUAACCUUACAGAGAUUACAAGAAAUCCUGUGACUGUUUCUGCAUCUGGCUCAGUUAAUCCACCUUUUGUAACUACACUAAAACCUCCUGUCAUCCCAGGUAAUUCUACAGAGUUUCUGACCACUAGUUCUCCUGCAACAGAGAGAAGCCAACGAACAGAGGAAUCCAUCAAGACCUCAAGCCCCACCACCAUUCAAGCACCUACUCAGUCUGGAGCUCCCAAGCCUACCACACCAGGCAAUUUUAUAACAAGUGGUGGGAGUGUCCAGUCAUCAACUACUUCCAAAAUUGUAACCACGAAGACUCCCACUACAAGCUCAGUACCAGAUGGUGAUAGACAGUCUACUACUCCUUUACCUGGAAUCACUACACCUUCCACAACAGGUAUUUCUACAACAAAAAGUAACCAUGUUUCUUUUGCUUCAUUAUCUUCCACAACUGCAACAAGCACACUUUCUCUAGCGAAUACUUCUGCAACAAGCCCUACAUCUAAGUCUAGCAGAUCAACUUCUAGCACUUCAACUUCGACAUCUAUGUUUUCUACAAAGUCCUUUAUCAAAGAUAUAACAACUCCAUCAGUAAAUAAAUCUCAUAACUCAGGAGAACUUACAACAUCUCCCACAACAUCUCCUUCAACGUCUCCCACAACUAAUUCAGAAGGAGGACCCUAUAGAGCAGAAGACAUGGCUGCUCUGGGAGCCACCCUGGGGACCUUAUUGCUGAUUGCACUAGCCUUGCUUGCACUGAUCUCCUACAAGUAUUACAAAUUAAAAAAAGAACUCGAAAAAGAGAAUUCAGAACUUACGGAAAGCUUUUCUAAUGCCAACUUCCAGGAUGACGAGAACUCUAACUCAGAUGGAAAUGAAGAUGAAUCACCCGCAAGCCUUAUGCCCAAGAGUUAUGCAGAGAAGGAACCAGAAAACAAGAAAACACAGUCAGCUCAUAAAACAAUCCAGGAAGAAAUUGAUAUAAAUAGUGAAAAGGAAGUGAGAUCCAUCCUGACAAAAGACAGGAAAACGGAAGACGAUGGCUACAAGGCAGUGUGGUUUAAAGAAGACGUUACAGAAACUAAGAGUGAUGAUAUGAUGAUUGAUGAAGACAGUGACCUAGAACAGAACAGGCUUGGGAGUGACAGUGACAGUGAUGCUGAGGAGUAUGACGACCACGAUGAUACCAAUAGUGGCAGAGGGGACAGCAACAUAAAUAAGAGAGUGAGAAGAGGACAGGUCUUUGAUACUAAUCCUUCUGCUAGCCGAUCUCCUGAAGAAGCAGAAGAACAGGACGAUGCUUUGUAA